AUGCCAUACCGUGGGGGCUGGGGGGGGGGGGGGGGUGGGGGGGGGGGUGGGGGGGGGGGGGGGGGGGGGGGGGGGGGGGGGGGGGGGGGGGGGGGGGGGGGGUCGGACGGGGAGCAUAUAACAUAUCAUAGUGUGUGCCCCAGGAACCAACGCCAUCAUAUCGGGGGAUGGGGGGGGGGGGGGGUGGGGGGGGGUGGGGGGGGCAUUUUGCAGAUGCCGAUUACCCUCUAG